AUGCCGCCAUUCCCCCCCCGCAAGCGCAUCUCCUCCGAGGACCCGCCCCCGGCCAAACGCCAGGCCCAGGCCCAUAAUGAUAUCCCUGCCAAGCCCGUCCCCGACCCCGACUCGAGCUCUGAUUCCGACUCUGAGCUCAGCGAUGUUCCCGAGGAGCUCGAAGAGUCGAUUAAUACACCGGGCGCAGGGCCAGCGGAGGCGUCCGAUGACGAGGACUCCGAUGACGAAAUAGACUGGGAAGAUGCCAUCGAUACCAAAACCACGAACACGACCCCAACGCUAGCCGUUCCGGAGUUACAAGACCUAGAAUUGACCCUAGACAAGAAUGAGAAUGAGAUCGUGGAUUUAGUAGAUCCUAAGAAGGGGCCGACAAAGAUCGAGCGCCAGAUUCGCAUCCAGUCGCACUGCAUGCAUGUCCAGUGCCUACUCUUCCAUAAUGCCAUUCGCAACGCGUGGAUCAAUGAUGCCAAAGUACAUGAAAUAUUACGGAAAAAGCUACCCGAGGGAAUACACAAAGAAGUGAAGAAAUGGCGAAUCGCGUCUGGGUUGGAGCUGCCGGAGAAGAAGCCGGAGCCGCCCAAGAGCAAAAAGAAAGGCAAGAAAGCUCGGAAGAGCCAGGACUGGGGUGAAGACUCGGAGCGAUUGGAGCCCGGACAGCCUGAUAUGAGUCGCGGGGAUCCGGUUAUCAUCCUUCUAAAGGUCCUGGUGGCAUAUUGGCGGAAGCAGUUUCGCAUCACGGCUCCCGGGCUAAGAAAGCAUGGUUACCGCCCAGUCGCUGCACUUGAUGUGAUACUGAAAGACUUCCACAAAGAGGAUCAUGAUCCCGAGCGUCAUGGGGAGCGGAUUGCUAAUCUUGAAGAAUUCCGAGCAACGGCGGAAAGCAUGCAGGGCUCUCGAGAUGUUGGAGCUCAGCUGUUCACAGCUCUGAUACGAGCAUUGGGCAUCGAAGCAAGACUAGUAGGGAGUUUACAGCCUUUAGGAUUUGGUUGGACUAAAGCAGAAAUCUAUACGCCACCAAAGUCCAAGACAGAACAAGAACAAGAAAACGCAAAAGGAAAAGAAAAAGAACCUGCAGAAGCAGCCAAACAUAAGUCAGAGUCCGAUGCCGAUUCAGAACCAAAAAAACCCAAGCAAAAGAAGGGAGGCAGCGCAUACGAUAACGACCUGCUGUUUCCAAUAUACUGGACGGAGGUUGCUUCCCCCGUUACCCACGAGAUUACUUCUGUGGAUCCAAUUGUGCUAUCGAACCCCAUAGCCCCCACCGCCGAUCUGCAAGCCGCAUUCGAGCCUCGUGGUACCAAAGCUGAGAAGGCCAAGCAGGUAAUAUGCUACGUUGUUGCACAUUCUGCCGACGGAACAGCCAAAGACGUCACAACACGAUACCUCAAGAGGCGGACAUGGCCGGGGAAAACCAAAGGCUUCAGAAUGCCCGUGGACAAGAUUCCGAUACCAGGCCGCCGUGGCGAAUACCUUGAAUUUGACUGGUUUCGAGUAGUGAUGCGUGGGUAUGAAAGGCCUCCCCAGAACCGAACAGAAGUCGACAGGCUAGAAGACGAAAAGGAUCUUCAACGAAAACAACCAGAGAAAAAGAAACUGGUUCAGACAGGAGAUACACUACAAAGCCUCCGCACCUCCGCCGAGUUCGUAUUAGAACGCUUCCUCCGUCGCGAGGAAGCACUAAAACCAGGUGCAGAGUCUGUUCGCACCUUCACAUCCGGCAAAGGUGCCCGCACAAAAGAGGAACCCGUAUUCCUCCGAGCAGACGUCGUCAAAUGCAUGUCAGCAGAGAGCUGGCACAAAGAAGGCCGCCAGGUCCAACCCGGCGCAGUGCCCUUAAAACGCGUCCCCAUCCGCGCCGUAACCCUUAUGCGCAAGCGCGAGGUAGAAGAGCUCCAGCGGGAAACCGGUGAGAAACCCAUGCAGGGACUAUACGCGCGAGACCAGACAGAGUACAUCAUCCCACCGCCCAUAGUCGAUGGGAUCAUCCCGAAGAACGACUACGGGAAUAUCGACUGCUUCGUUCCGACCAUGGUGCCUCGCGGCGCCACACAUGUUCCACUUCCAGCCACUGUGCGACUCUGCAAGAAGCUUGGAAUCGAUUACGCGGAAGCGGUGACUGGGUUCGAGUUCGGAUCAAAGAUGGCGGUCCCCGUUAUCCAGGGCGUGGUUGUUGCGUCCGAAAAUGCAGAUCUGCUUCGGGAUGCCUGGCGUAUUGACGCGGCUGAAAAGCGGAAACGCGAGGAGCUCAAAGCUGAAAAGCGGAUUUUGCAGACGUGGCGCAAGUUCUUGUUUGGGCUGCGGAUUGCUGAGCGGGUACGUGAGGAAUAUGGCGGUGGCGAUCCUGAUGAUGACCGCGAGCGGGAGACUCAUAAUCCGUUUGUGGCGCGUAAGAAGAAUACCGUGGAUGAUGUCGAUGAACGGCAUUUCCAUGAUGAGUCUAUUCAGGACCGUGCUGAGGGUUAUGAUCCUGUCGAGCAUGGUGGAGGCUUUCUGUUACCCGGUGAAGGCGACGAUGGAGAUGAUGGCUUGAUUGUGGAGCAUCAUAAGGAGGAGCAAAAUCAGCUCGCCGAUAAGUCCAGUCACCCUGUUAGCGAAGACGGUUCAUCUGAAGGCUUGUCGCCUCCCAUUUCGAUACCAUCUUCGUCUGACGAGGAAGGGGGUGAUUCAGAGCCUGAAUAUGCACCAUCGAGGAAUACUAGACGUCGUCGUCGGGGUGGUUAA